CCAGAUAUUGGUUCGCUGAAAUCCAUAACAAACAGCACAGUUUAGAAACUGUAGUAUAAAAUAAACAAAACAUUAAAAAAAAGAAAUCCCCACAAGAAAUAAACGCGUAAUUUAGUUGCCAAGUGAUAAACGUCGGUCCAUGUUGAUAGGAAAGUUUAUUCAGCCUCGUUGUGAUGUUACUCGUGGCAGACUGCUGCAAAACCAUUUCCUCCACUCUUUAUACACAGAACUAACUGGUGCUCACAAUAUCAAAGAUCCCUUGCAGCAAUGAAGGCCCUUAUACUUGUCGGAGGUUAUGGCACCAGGCUUCGGCCCCUUACAUUAAGCCAUCCGAAACCUUUAGUUGAGUUUGGAAACAAACCAAUGCUGCUCCAUCAAAUUGAAGCUCUUGUUGAGGCUGGUGUAAGACACAUAAUUUUGGCUGUUAGUUACAGAGCUGAUCAAAUGGAAGAUGAGUUAAGACAUUUAGAAAAAGUGAUGGAUAUUCGAAUCACUAUAUCACAAGAGAAGGAACCAUUAGGAACAGCUGGGCCUCUAGCUUUGGCACGUGAUCACUUAUUAGAAGACGACCAGCCUUUCUUUGUCCUCAAUAGUGACAUCAUAUGUGACUUUCCAUUCAAAACAAUGAUACAGUUUCACAAAGACCAUGGUCGAGAAGGGACAAUUGCUGUUACCAAAGUAGAAGAGCCAUCCAAAUAUGGCGUUGUGAUUUAUGAUGGAGAAACUGGAAGGAUACACGACUUUGUAGAAAAACCCCAAGAAUUUGUAUCCAAUAAGAUCAACGCCGGAAUGUAUGUUUUUAGCACAUCAGUAUUGAAGAGAAUUCAGCUAAAACCAACGUCUGUAGAAAAAGAAGUUUUCCCCUUUAUGGCUAAGGAUGGAAAUCUUUAUGCUAUGGAACUUGAAGGAUUCUGGAUGGAUGUAGGUCAACCGAAAGAUUUUCUGACUGGAAUGUGCCUUUACCUUAGCUCUCUGAAACAGAAAGCUCCUGAAAAACUUUUUGAUGGAGAAGGAAUUGUUGGUAAUGUACUAAUUGAUUCCACUGCUCAAAUUGGCAAGAAGUGUAGAAUAGGUCCAAAUGUCACAAUAGCGCCAGGUGUUAUCAUUGAAGAUGGUGUUUGCAUAAAACGGUGCACAAUUCUAAAAGAUGCUCACAUAAAAUCUCAUUCCUGGCUGGAGUCAUGCAUCAUUGGUUGGAAAUGCAUCGUAGGACAGUGGGUUCGCAUGGAAAAUGUGUCAGUACUUGGAGAAGAUGUAAUUGUUAAAGAUGAACUUUAUAUCAAUGGUGGUCGAAUUCUUCCACACAAAGCUAUAUCUGUAUCGGUUCCAGAACCUCAAAUUAUUAUGUAAAUCCAAGAACUGCUGGAGAGAAAGAAUUCCAUGCUGGACAACAACAACAGAAUUUCCAUUGAAAAUUGUCAACCUUUAUUUUUAAUAGUAAUAAUUAAUUUUGUUUGUAUUUUCAUUUUCAGGAUUAUUUUAAUUUCACUAUCAUUUCCACAUCGGUUUAAAAAAAAUUUUUUUUUGUAAGAAAUACGUUCUCUUUUCUUAAACCUCUCAAUAUAUUUCUUUCAUAUUAACUGCUGCUCUCAGGUCUAGAAGUAUGUUGGGAAGAAAAAAAAAUCAUUUGUUAUACAUUAUAAUUCGAUUUUCAUGGUGGAGCUUGAAGUAGAUAAAGCUACAAACAAUAUCUUGUAAAUACAGGAAUAAAAAAAAGAACCCUUCGGACAGAAAAAGUUUUUUUAACCCUAUAUUCACUUGCUUUUGUUUAUAGAUUUAUCUGUUUUGAUUACCACUGUUAAAAUUGAAUUAUUUCAUGUCUCUCAAAGUUUCUGAAUUUUAAAUUAUAUUUUCUAAACAAACAGACCAAUAGCCGUGAGGGUAAGGUAUCUGACGACAUAGUGAGCACAUAUUCACAAAUUUAAGCAUUUACUAUAAACUUUGUAUUUCUACUUUUAGAUUAGGUAUGUUAAUUUAUGUUUUCCAUUGCCUGUUUUACAAACUUGCAUUAUGGUUCUUCUCUUAUGUCAUGGUUGAAUUGUUAGUAAUAAGGAACAGUUAAAGACAAGUGCUCCAGCAAUAAACCAAGAUCCUAGUUUACAAGAAGAACUUGAAGUUGUCCGCCAAUGUAAGACAAUGAAAAUGAAGACAAACAAAUAUGCCCAACUUCUCAUUAGUUUAAUUCCUCCCAUUUCCUUAUUGUUUAGGUCAAUCUUCUUCAAAGGUGUGAGCCAUGUCCAAUAUUCAAACACAGUUUGUAAAUCAAUCACUACAUUAUUCAACACAUUCUUCCUUUUUUUUAAGAUAAGAUAGGAACCUGGCUGCUGUUUCUAGCAUGCCUAUUGACACUGUUGGACAGCGGUGGCUAAACUAUGGCUCACAAGCCACAUGCAGCUCUUGGUGCUGCUAUACAUGACUUCUAAUAUAAUAUUGGGUUUCAGUGCUAUUUUGUCCUAAAACACUAUUCUCUAGAGAUGCAGAAACAAAAGGAAAGUUAUAAGCUCUCUCUCUCUCUCUUACCAUAUAUAUAUAUAUAUAUAUAUAUAUAUAUAUAUAUAUAUAUAUAUACAUAUAUACAUAUACAAAGUACAGAUUUAUAGUUUAUUAGUCAUGUGUGAAUUAUUGAAUGACAAUGGAACAAGAGAUUUAUGUAAUCCUCUUGAAUUUGAUUAUGUAAUUUCUGUUCUGUUGUCAUUCAAUAAUUUGUAUUACACUAUAUAUUAACUCUGUCUUGCCCAAAUACUUUAUUGUAAAGUACAUGUAUAUUGAGUUCUAACAACAGGUUAUUAAUGUUGUUAUGCCUAAAUGAAAUUAUAUAUAUAUAUUAGAUAUAAUAAUAAUAAUAUUAGGGAUAAAAUCCAAAAUUACAGGUAAAAACUCAAUUAAAAUCAAUUUAUUAAAAAUUAAAAUUAAAUUAAGUUUCACAGUAUAAAAUAUAUAUAAAUAUAUAGUAUUAGGGAAAAGAACUAUAUAUAUAAAUGUAGUCAUUUUAUUAUCUUGAUCUUAUGAUAUUUACUUUGUAUUAUAUUAUACUUAUUUAUUGUACUUUUAAUUAUAAAUUUUUUCUAUAUGUGACAGUGGAUUUUCAUCGAUGAGUUCAUAAACCUUGGUUCUUUUCCCUCAUACUAUAUAUUUAUAUACAUAAAUAUAUAGGGAUUGACAGUAACCUGCUUCUCCGACGAUUCCCUGCCCUGCAUAUCUAUAUUUAUAUACAUAUAUAUAUAUAGUAAACCAUGUUGGCAAAAUAACAUAGUCUGCCAUAGACACCUGUGCUUUGGUUCUUUCUUUCUUUUUCUUUUCUUCCUUUUUUUGUCACUUUUGCUAUGAAUUAAAUUAAUGAAUUCAACGGGAUACACCGUCUGCAAGUAGUUGGGUUCAGCAUAUUAUCCUCCAUUUUCUAAUUGUUAUACAAAUUUUGGGUAAAACCUCCACUUUUACCCGCUCCCAUUGAUUGCACCUAGUAUAGCACUAGUGUAGCAAUAAUUGGGUACCCUCCCAGCAGUAUACUGGAUAGAUACUAUCCCUUAGUGGGUUGAACCCCCAACCCCUAACUCUCUCACGUUAUAUAUAAAUAUAAAUAUUUAUAGUUACAUAUGUUUUCUCAUUUAUUAGCUCCCAUGUUAAGUUCUCUAAUAGUGUCUGUAUGUAAGAAUAGCAAAAUGACAGGUAGGGAUAGGGCAUAUAUUAAUUUCCACUGCAUCAUCAUCAUUGUCGUCUAACGUCUGCUUUCCAUGCUAGCAUGGGUUGGACGAUUUGACUGAGGACCGGUGAAACCAGAUGGCUACACCAGGCUCCAAUCUGAUUUGGCAGUGUUUCUACAGCUGGAUGCCCUUCCUAACGCCAACCAUAUUUAUAAAUAAUUCUACAUAUAUUUCUUAAUUCUCUGGUGCAGACAACAGUAGAUUGGAAACCAUCCUUGUUCUGUCUGAUAUUUGGGAACCAAACUUUCUCUCAUGUUCACCAGUUAAGCAGAAGCACAAUAAUUAAACAAUCAAAGACAGUGACAACCUCAAGGAGUUUGUACAGAAAUUUUGUCUUCAUAUAUACAUAAUUUUCUUUUAUUCAUUUUCUGGUUUCAGUCAUUGGACUGCAGCCAUGAUGGGAGAAAUGCCUUCAAGAGUUUUAGUCAAUCAUGUUUUAAUCUGGUACUUUUUUUUAAUCAAUCUCUACUUAUCAAGUCACUAAGCCACUUUGUUGACAAAAAAAAGUCACACAACUCAACACACUGGUAAACACUAACAUACACACACGCACAUAUAUUUAUGCACACACCCAUAUCUAUACAAAAGGCUAACACACGCUCCCCAUCUGCCAAAUUCUACUCGCAAUACAUUCCUCAGUCCAAGACUAUGUUGGAAGACAUUUCCACAAAGUGUCACACAGAUUGAACUUGGAACAACUUGGUUUCAAAGUGAACUUCCUUUCAAAUGAUUAUACCUGCUUCAACUUCAUAUAAUAUAUAUAUACAUAUAUAAAAAUAUAUAUAUAUAUUUAUUUAUUUAAGAAUACGCACAUUACUACUUAUAUAUUGUUGUUAAUGCCUUUGGGCUUCACAAUGAUUGUCCACAAGCUUCGAAUUUUGCAACUCCACAUGUGACUAUGUAGGGCAAUAUAGAAUCAGCUAGACUGAUCAGUUUGGGCAUUAGCUAUUUAGUAGAGGAAGAGAUACUCAGUUACUUUAAACUACAUUCUAGACUCUACACAACUGGAAUAUAUAUAUAUGAGAAUGGAGAGUUCAAAUAUUGCUACAUAUGUUUCAAUAGCAUGGUGGUUUAUUUACAUGGUAUUACAUAAUUUUAAAUAGUUACAUAGCCACACAAUUUCAUCAGGCAAUAUCGAGCCUUUUCUCAGCAGGAUCAAAUCAAUCUAUACUGAAUAAGUGACCUUGCUAUUUAAAUACAUGUAGCAAUGUUUUGGGUUGUCCAUUUUUGCUUGUUUCCUAUAUUAAACACAACUUAUGUUGCAAAAUGGAUUUACAAGAUGCUGAGAAGCAUUCUACAACUGUUUGACUAUACAAGGACUGUUAUAUUGAUCAGUUGAUUGAUUGAAUGGAGAUAUUUCUGUAAUCAUUUGGAGUACCUUGUUAGCCUGAGACAUGUGGAAGUGCAAUCAGAUUAAUUGUCAGGAUCUUUUAAGAUAGAUGCCCAUCGCUUAAUACUUACAUACAAACAUGCAGACCUGUGUGUGUGUGUGUAUAUACAUAUAUGUCUGUGUAUAUGUAUGUAUGUGUAUAUAUAUAUAUAUAUAUAUUUAUAUAUAUAUGUGUAUGUAUGUAUGUAUGUACAUAUGCAUGUUUAUAUGCAUAUAUAUAUGUUCUUUAAGUUCGUUUAUGGAAAACGUUUACAGGUGCACUCCUAACAGGCUUCUAAGGCCGACAGGAAGUGGUGUAGCUUCCUAGUUCUAACCAACAAUAGUACUAUUCCCUUCAGGGGACUGUCACAUUAAGUUGACAGCAUACAACUAGCUUCUAUGCUAUUUAUUCCAGCCACCACUUAUUGUUCCCAUCUUCCAGAGUAAUUUAUGCAGGAUGGUUAUUGAUGUGGUGCUGCUAUAACAUAGGGUGAAGUAAUAACUAGAACUUUUGGAUGGAAAUUCAUAAGUAUUUUAAUGCAUAAAAGUAUUUAUGAAUUUUCAUCCAAAAUUUCUCAUUAAGAAAUAGAAAAUCCUUUUGCAAUAUUAUAUAUUUGUAAAAAUGAAUAAAAAUGACCAUUUUAAUAAUUAGAUGUUAACCCAUUACCUACCAGUGAUCUCAUAUGAGAUCACUUAAAAAUUACAAAUUUCGUAAUUAUCUGUCAAUAUUUACACAUAUCUAACCUUUUUGCUAUAUCUGCUAGGUAUAUUUCUCUGAUAUUCAAAUGAGGUUUGCUAAUUUUUCACCCAAUAUCUCGCUUAUUUCUAUUUAAAAUGUUAUUUUGAUCAAUCCAGCGUGUUUCUAAGGCUGUUUUAUGCUAGAAAUCAAAGUUUCAUUAAAAAAAUUUCCAGUUAAUAGAAUUAUGGGAGGUAAUGGGUUAAUGGAAAAAUUAUCAGAAAAGCCAUUUCUAUUCAUUUUUUUUUUUUCAAAUAUAUAUAUAUUGACAUAUCACAGGAAGGGCAGAAUAUUGAAUUAUCUUUUGAUUUGGGUCAUUUUCUUAAUUUGAAAUAUAUGAAAUAUGCUAUUGAUUAUUUUAGGGGAAAAAAAAAAUUGCUUGGGAGCAGUUUUUAAAUUCAGGUAGAAUCUUAUGUAAGAGGGCUAUUUUGAUCUUUUGAUAUUCAGAAUGCAAUUAAAAUUAAUAAUAAUAAUAUAUUUGCAGCACAGUAACAAUGUUGUACUAAAAAAAACAAAAAACUUUUUAGUAUUUUUUUAUCAAUAAUCAAUGAUAAUCAAUUCUGCCUUCCAUCAUGUGAUAUGUAUUUUAUUAGUAAACAAGAGCAUAUACAUUCACGCUAAUCCACAUAUGACUUAGGGGUUUAUAUCGAUAUGACCAGUGACUGUGAUGAUGAUAAUGAUGAUGAUGAUGGUGAUGACUUUUUCCAUCUCUAAUUGUAUCACUUGUUAUUUUUCAAUGAAUUUUAUGAAGGAUUUUUUUUCUUUUAUAACGGAAAUUUCUAAUUGAUAUACAAAUGGAAAAAUAAUAAAUUAUAAAAUAUUUUUC